UUUGAAAGCAAAACAGCAGGUGGAGAGCUAAAAACCAGGCAGCUCAGGACACAUCGGGAGGAAAUUCAACACAGGGAAAAUGAAAGUAUCCGUCGUUUAAAGCUGAAGUGGGACUACAAACACUAUGAGGCCCAACGCUGCCUGUCUGGGAGCCAUUUGAGUGUGGAAGUGCACACGGAGAGCAGUGUUUGUUUGCGAGGCGGUAGGUAGGUAGCGAGGCAAGGCAUCAGAGCAAUGGAAGAGAGGAUAGAGGAGAGGGCUGGGGCGGCCAAGGCGAAGCCGAGCCGUUUGACCGCCCUUCAGGAGCAGCUGAUCUGGGCCCUGCUGGGAUCCGGACUGUCCCGGGAUGUCCUGGUCCAAGCCAUAGGGGAGCUGGAGCGAGAGAGGGCGAGUGCUGGCGGGGAGAAGGGAGAGAGGGGGGAUGGAGAGAGUUCCGAGGAAGGAGAAAUGGAUUUCCCACCGCCUAUAUUCCGAGAGCUGGAGAAGCUUCUCCCAGAGGAGGUGGCCAAACUGAGGGUUGAAGUUGACCAGCUACUGCAGGAGGACCCCUGGCACGUUGCUAAAAUGGUGAAAAGCUACAUGCAGCAGCACAACCUCCCUCAGAGAGAGGUGGUGGAGUCCACGGGACUCAACCAGUCCCAUCUCUCCCAGCACCUCAACAAAGGCACGCCCAUGAAGAACCAGAAGAGAGCCUCUCUGUACACCUGGUACGUCAAGAAGCGAUGCGAGAUUAGCCAGCAAUUUACCAACGCCAAACAUGGUCUUGGAUCUGCGGAGGAGCAAGGAGAGGAGACCAGGAAAGGACGGAGGAACAGGUUCAAAUGGGGUCCGGCGUCCCUGCAGAUCCUCUUCCACGCCUACGACCGACAGAAGAACCCCAGCAAGGAGGAGAGAGAGGGGUUGGUGGAGGAUUGUAACAGGGCAGAGUGUCAUCAGAGGGGGGUGUCUCCCUCCCAGCUUGCCGGCCUGGGCUCCAACCUGGUUACCGAGGUCCGAGUGUACAACUGGUUCGCCAACCGCCGCAAAGAGGAGGCCUUCCGUCACAAACUGGCCCUCGACACACCUUUUACCAACCAAUCUGCGUCCUCUUCUCACCCCAACCUCCCGCCAAGUCCUGAGCACGUGAUUUGGGGCCUGACUUCUUGUUUUCCAGGUGUCAAAUACAGCCAGCAAAUCCUGUGCGACCCCGUGAGCUCAGCCAGAGGAAGCGUAGGGGAGAGAGUGGGACAUCUGGUGGUCAGCCCUAUCCAACUGGAGCCCAGCCACACACUCCUAGAGACACAUAACCCCAAGCUGGUGUCCAGCGGUGGCCCACUGCCCCCAGUAAGCACUCUGACCUCGCUGCACAGUCUGUCUGCGUCCCCUUCCUCGCAGGGCCUCAUCAUGGCGUCGCUGCCCAGCGUCAUGAGCCUGGGGGAGUCUUCACUUCUCAUUGGUUUGGCCUCAGCGCAGCCUCAGACCGUGCCCGUUAUCAACAAUAUGGGGGGCGGUUUCACCACUCUCCAGCCGAUCUCAUUCCAGCAGCAGCUUCACGCGUCUUCCCAGCAGCCAAUAUCACACCACCUCCAGAGUCACAUGGGCGCCAGUCCCUUCAUGGCGACCAUGGCACAGCUGCCAUGUCACAUGUACAAGUCGGAAUCGCCGCAGUACCAUGUCAUCACUGACAGCAGCGGCCUGGGGACGCUGACCAGCCUCACUGCUGUUAGACAGAUUCUAACAGCAGAUCCUGAGGAACAGACGGACCCGCCUUUACAGGAUGACUCUCUACACCUGCAGCCGCACACACCUGUGCCAGCUUCCUCCGAGAGCCUAGAGCUGUAUCCUGCUUCUCAGACGACAGAAAGUCAUCAGUCUCACCUCCUCUCGCCUUCACCAACAGACAUCAUCUCCUACAUACCUACACAACUGGUCUCUACUGCACAGUAGAAGUGCUCUGGCAACAUACUGUCUCCUCAUUAUCGGCUGGACUCGGAGGGGGGGUUUUGGACGGACAGCUACCUCUGGUGUAACUUUCCAGAGAAACCUGGUGUCAGGGGCCAAAGGGACGAUUCAGCUUUCAUGUUUCAAAGACUCUCUGAGACUCCGUAUCACUGUAAUACGAACAAGGAUCGACAUUAGAGAAGAUUCACUUUUGAAAAAAAAAAAAAAAAAGAAA